AUGACUAAUGACUUAAUUAUGCUCCUGAGAAUGUUGAUUUUAAAAAACAUGUUUAUAAAUGGAAAGCAACUGGUGGAAGAAUGACAUGUACAAACCUCAUAUGUGGUUAAUUGGACACUCACAGAAAACAUCUGUCUGGACAUGUAUGGAGAUUGCUGGUUUGGGGAAGUAAAUACUAAAAUUAAUCCUUCAGGCAAUCAAGUUGCUCGUCAGAUUUGUCCUUUGCAAAUUCAGUUAGGAAACAUUAUUGUAAUUUUUGCUGAACCAAUUCUUCAAUCUCCAGAUUUAAACUUUGAUGGGGCUGUCCCAGUUUCUGAAGCAGCAUUCAAUCUGCAAAAUGCAACUGAAAAGCAGUCACUUUUUUACUUCAAACUAAAAGGAUAUACUGUUAAUUCUCAGUGGCUGAGUGUUGGAACACAUUGUAUCACAAUGAUAUUGGACUAUUUAGAAGAAGGGUUAAAUUAUCAACCAUAUAUCUAUUUCCAUGGAAACUGCAGCUGUAUUACUACAAAUAGUUUCAUUUGUGAACGUGAUGAACAACUUUCAGUUAAAAGCUUCCUCACUAACAUUCUUGGCGGUGACGCAGACAGUGAGCCGGACCCCAGCUGUAGCCCUGCACUGUCCCCGAGUAUCUGGACAUCCCCACCACAUGGCAGCUGGGUUCCACAGCAAGUGCCCCAGCAUAAUUAUACAGCUAUUGUGCGACUUUAUGCCAAGCCUUGA